AUGUUGACGUACGAAGAUUUGACCAAUCAAAAUUCCCAAGAUCCCCCAACUGACGAAGAUGUGCUGAUGGAAUCUCCUCAUGAGCGUGAUGAAGGUGAUGGUUGUGAAAGUUCGAUUGAUCUUGAUGUUGGUGAUGUCAUGGGUGACACGGAUAUGAUGUCUCCUCCUGCUGAUGUGCUGCGGUGUGCCACUUCCCCUGGUUGGCAUGUCAGCAACGGUGGCAACCCCGUGCUUGUUGAUUUUCAUGCCUUUGCGUACCGGUCUUGUAGUCCUAAAUAUGUGAGUCGCACUUUUCCGUUCCGCACGACUUGGGCUAGGACUCCUUUCGGAUGGCGCAGGCUUGAAAAUGACGCUCGAUGGACUGAACUGGAAAACCCGAUAGGCCCGCUUCCUGAGGCUCCGGUACGCGCGCUCGUCACCGUGUUUUCUUCGAGAUCAAAACGCGACAUUGCUCAGGAUUCCGUGCCGGAGUGUAUCAAAAGACGACGUAGGGCUAAUCAAGUGUUGUGGACGCUCGACCGUGGAUCAGAAACUUUCGUGGCCAGCAGUGUGAAACUUAAGAGGAUGAUAGAGAAAGAGAUUCCGGAAUCGAAGAUACCAGCUCAUCAGCGGGAAGCGUUCGAACAGGCGAAACUUAAAGAAUGGAAUUCCUGGGAAGAGUUUGAUUCGGUCGAAGUUCUUACUGUUUCGGAGAGUGAGAGGAUUGUUCGAGAGUCUCCUGAGAGAGUGUUGCGUUCGCGUUUCGUCUUGCGUGACAAAAAUGCCGGUCUUGUGGAGUCUGGCGUUCCGCUCCCGCUCAAAGCCAAAGCCAGACUGUGUGUGCAGGGACAGUACUGUCCUGAUAGUUUGUCUGGGAAUGUGAAGCUUGACUCACCUACCAUCCAGCGCGUGAGCACAUACCUGUUUCUGCAUCUGGUUGCUUCGUGGGGUUGGGUUCAACAGUUACGCGUUGGCGACAUAAGCAGCGCUUUCUUACAGGGUCACGAAAGCAGUGGAGCGCCGCUGUACAUGCAUCAACCCAAAGGCGGACUCCCCGGGAUGCAGCCUGGUCAGAUACUGCGCUUGCGUAAGCCUGUGUACGGGCAACCAAACGCGCCGCGAGCUUGGUUUGAUGCGUUAUCUGAUGCUCUGAUGAAGGAACUGGGUUUCGAGCGUAGCGUGUUGGACCCAGCUUUGUUUUUCGCUCGCGAAAGUGACGGUCGUUUGAUUGGUGCUUUGAUUGUUCACGUCGAUGAUAUCAUGAUUGCUACGGAUGGGUCGUGCAAGGCGGAGCGUAUGGUUAAACUUUUGCAUGAGCGUUUUCCGUUUGGAGAGUGGAGACGAGCGUCUGAAGCUGCAGAGGGCGAGGGAGUGAAGUACUGUGGCAAACGAGUGGUCGUGCGGGGUACUGCUGGGGAUGAGUUUUUGGAAGUUCACCAAGACGAGCUUUGCGAAGGAAGACUUGAAAAAGUUCCAUUAGACCCUGGUAGGAAAGAAUGCCUGCACGAGAGUGUCACUGUCGAAGAGAAGACCAACUUUAGGAGCACUGUUGGUAGCUUGCAGUGGCUGUGUAACCAGACGCGACCUGACAUCUCUUUUGAAGUCAACCAGUUGCAAAAGAGGGUUAACAGUUUGAAAGUUGAAGAUGUGUUGAGAGUUAACAAGCUCGUUGACGAGGUGAAGAAACACAGACAUUGUUUGCAGUUUAGGAAUUUGGGCAAAGAUGUGGAAGUAACUGUCUACCACGACGCUGCCCUUUUCAACUCAGUAGGCCAAGAGUUGGAUGAAGAAGAAGCUCAAGAGAUGUUCACGCUGGAGGGUGGAAAGCGAUGUGUACAUUCCCAACGGGGUUGUGUAGUCGGACUGAUCUCAAAAAGCUCAAGCAAGAAUGUUGGGGGUGUGCCCUUCGACAUUGUCGACUGGAAGAGUGCGACCAUUCGUAGGGUGGUCGAAUCGUCCUUCGCAGCGGAGACUCAGUCGGCAGUGGCUGCUCACGGCAUGGGCCGCUAUGUUCAAGCUGCUCUCGGUGAGAUGAAGUACGGUAGCUUCAUCAUAGGAGCAUGUGAGGAGGAACAGUGGCAGAGCGUUGUGCCCAUGAACAUGUGCACUGAUUGCAAGAGUGUCUAUGACUGCGUUCGGAAGGAGGGUUUGGGUAUUAGUGAUAAAUCGAGUGUGAUCUUGGUUACGUUGUUGAGGCAGUUAUGUUCUGUUUUUGCCGGUGACAAGACCAAAUUGUUUUGGAUACCCACUAGAUUUCAACUGGCCGAUGCUCUCACAAAGAGCGGCUUGGGACGAGCUUUUCGCCUGAAUUGCCAAACGGCAACCUUUCAUGGCGAAAGUUUGCGUGCGUUGAAACUCGGAAACAGCUCGGUCAAGAAAGAGUUUUCUACCAGUGCGAAUUCUGCUUAG